AUCACCACGAUCAGUGGUCAUCGUGCCCCGUCCUGACACAAAGCCUCGUCGUUCAACGGCAAUCAACGAAGCCGAGCUACCGUCGUCCACGCGAUCAUCAGUUCUGUUUGUGUUGUGUGGACGAAUGGAAAGGGAAACACCGGUGCGUUUGGAGUCGUUUCUCUAGUCACAUAAAACCUGAUCCGACCGCUUUUUUUUUUGGGGUGUUCACGUCGCGUGUGUUCGUGAAUUUAGCAACCAAAUUUUGCGUUUUGGUGGUAGCGUAGUGAAGGUUAAGAGCAUCGCAUGAAGUAGCGCGCAUCCUAUACUCUAUUGUCCAACUCUAUUGGAUUAGUGGCGAACGACGGCGUUUCGCUAGUGGUACUGAUACAGUGAUUCUCCUGCGUUUUGGACGUUGAUAAGCAACAGCAACCCGAAGAGAAAAUGGAAACCGAAAGGUCAUCUACGAUGGCCGCUUUGAAGCAGACAUUGCUCUCCAUAUCGGUCUCACUGUCGUACUACUGCAUCGGAUUGGUGCGAGGUUACUCAGCACCGGCCGUACCAUCGAUGCACGAGACCGUCCCAGGAUUGCUGCCAUCGAAAAACAUCGCCUCCUGGGUUAGCUCGAUACCACCGUUCGGUGCGUUCUUCGGCAGUCUCGUUGCGUUUCCGCUCAUGCACCGAAUCGGUCGCAAGUACACGGUACUGAUUGCGUCACCACUGUGGGCCAUCGCCUGGGUACUGAUUGCUACGGCCACUGAUUGGCGCGUACUGUUUGCGGCACGCAUGCUGUCCGGGUUUGCGGCCGGCCUCUCGCUACCGGCGGCCCAGGUGUACGUGAGUGAGUGUAGCGAUCCCGCGAUCCGCGGUGUCAUCGGUUCCCUGCCGGCCCUUGCCAUGUCCGUCGGCAUACUGGUGAUGUACGUGAUGGGAAAGUUCUUCGACUGGCAGCAGCUGGCGUGGAUAUGCUGCGGGAUGGCAUGCUGUCUCUUCCUGGCCGUUGCCUGCUUUCCCCAGAGUCCGGUUUGGCUUAAAACGAGAAAACAGUACGAAAAGGCCCACUACUCGGCCAAGUGGUUACACCUCGAAGGAUUCACCUUCGAUCCGAAAGCCACGCAUCCGGGUGUCACUGUAGCACCGUCCAGCGCCUCGGAACUCAAACGACAAGCAGACAAACCACCGGCUAGCGUUCCACCGAAACCGUUCUCACGGGAAGCGCUACUCCGGCGUGAGAUUCUGAUACCGCUCGGCAUUGGACUGACGCUGCUUUCGAUCCAGCAGCUCAGUGGUAUCGAUGCGGUGAUUUUCUUCACGGUGGAAAUCUUCCGCUCGGCCGGUACAGCGAUGGAUAGCCACCUGGCAACGAUCAUCGUCGGAACGGUGCAGGUGCUGAGCAACAUCAGUGCACUGUUUGUGGUGGAUCGUGCGGGCCGUAAACCGUUGCUCAUCCUCUCCGGUGUCAUCAUGUGCCUGGCGAUGGCCUCGAUGGGUGCUGCGUUCCAUCUGAACUCGGUGGGCAAUACGGACUUUGGGUAUCUGCCGGUUCUCAGCUUGAUCGUGUUCAUGAUCGGCUUCUCGGUCGGUUUCGGUAGCAUCCCGUUCCUGCUGAUGGGCGAACUAUUCCCGACGGCACAGCGCAGUUUGCUCAGUUCGCUCGCCGGGUCCUUCAACCUGGCCAUGAUGUUCACCGUCAUCAAAACCUACCAUCCACUGGAAGAUCUCAUUACCACAUCCGGAACGUUUCUCAUGUACAGUGUGCUGUGUGCACUGGGGGUUGCAUUUGUCAUCACGUGCGUACCGGAGACGAAGGGCCGUGAGCUGGAGAGCAUUCAGAAGCUGUUCGAGCGCCGUACACCUCACAACCAUCACAGCCAACCGAGCGCAAGCCCCAGGGAGAUUGCGAAGCGUGGCCAUGACAAUCCCGCCAUCACGGUGGCGGACGAGCUGGAAUCCAAAACGAUCGACACGCGACUCUAGCGUGGCCCCCUAGCUAGUAUUACCGAAAGUAGAUCUAAGCGGAUAAGAAGCAAUAAACCAACAACCGGUGCCAUUCACAGUACACAACACAACACCUUU